AUGUCUAACCAGGUCCAGACCCGACGAAGCCGUCUAGCUAACGAUCUUUCUCUAAAUGUUCUGAAAACUAUGGACCUCUUUGAAAUCAUUGCCCACUCAUUCGUUUCAAAGAAGGCGUUAUCGAUGGUUCAAUCUCUUCGAUUACCGAUCAGAUCGGUUCAAAUAAAAUUGGAUGAAGAUACAGAGAUCGCCUUAAACUUUGAGAACAGAUGUAUCGUUUUCGAGUUGACAAUCCGCAAACAAAUGGCUAGCUUGAAUGCCCUUCCAGUCAAAGUAAAAACAUGGAAGGAUACAACGAUGGAUACACUGAACGAUGAUGAUACUCGAAAUCAAGCAGUAACUAUGUCAAAUUACGGAAUGACUUUAGGAGAAUGGAUUCAACAUCUGUGCUCAAUUUCUGAAAAUGAAAUACCGUUGGAGGUCCAAUUUUGGACUGAAGAUAUGCAGUUAGACAUUCAAUCACUCCGGAACACUUUUCCAAAACUUCGACAAGUUUGUGUUAUCUUCUCGCUAGAUGGAACGAACGAAAAUGAAAUUAUUUACGCUGAAAACCUCAUGAGAGCGUUUCUUUCUGAUACUCAAAACGUCCAUUUAUAUUUUGUUCCUCCUCAUUUUUCUCUUCAAUCCAUCGGAAUGGCGAAUUUGAAAGAGUUGAAGAUAAAUUCUCGAAGCAAUCUGAAUUACGAUUUUCUUUUUACAUUGAAUGUUGAUAAUUGUGAAAUUUGCUCAAAAUCAGAUCAAAUGCCCCCCCUCCGCGAUUUGAAUCGUUUUUUCAAAUUGUGGAUUAAAGGGUCGAAUCCAAGAUUGAAGGAAUUGCUCAUUGAUUGCGACACGGAAAUCGUGCCAGACUGGAAUGUUUUGUUGAAAGGAUUGAGAGCUGAAGAAGUAGAAGCAGAAGGAUCAAAGAAGUACAUUAUUAUAAAUUGUCGUGGAAUUCGCGCUCAAAUCGAAGUCAAACAUACUGAAACAUCUGCUAGUGUUACCUUUAUUGUUUCAAAGUAA